AUGGCCGCCGCAACCAUGGCUCUCUCCUCUCCCUCAUUCGCCGGCAAGGCCGUGAAGCUCUCCCCUUCCGCCUCCGAGCUCAUGGACGGCGGCCGGAUCGUGAUGAGGAAGACCGCCGGCAAGGUCAAGCAGGUUUCCUCCGGAAGCCCAUGGUACGGCCCAGACCGCGUCAAGUACUUGGGCCCAUUCUCCGGCGAGGCCCCAUCAUACCUCACUGGCGAGUUCCCCGGCGACUACGGCUGGGACACCGCCGGGCUUUCCGCCGACCCAGAGACAUUCGCCAAGAACAGGGAGCUGGAAGUGAUUCACUGCAGGUGGGCCAUGCUUGGCGCUCUGGGCUGCGUCUUCCCCGAGCUGUUGGCCCGCAACGGAGUCAAGUUCGGUGAGGCCGUGUGGUUCAAGGCCGGGGCCCAAAUCUUCAGCGAAGGUGGGCUUGACUACUUGGGCAACCCAAGCCUGAUCCACGCUCAGAGCAUCUUGGCCAUCUGGGCCUGCCAGGUCAUCCUCAUGGGCGCCGUCGAGGGUUACCGUGUCGCCGGUGGACCACUCGGUGACGUCGUCGACCCGCUCUACCCCGGUGGCAGCUUCGACCCCUUGGGCCUCGCCGACGACCCCGAGGCUUUCGCCGAGUUGAAGGUGAAGGAGAUCAAGAACGGCCGGUUGGCUAUGUUCUCCAUGUUCGGGUUCUUCGUCCAGGCCAUCGUCACCGGAAAGGGACCCUUGGAGAACUUGGCCGACCACAUCGCCGAUCCGGUCAGCAACAACGCCUGGGCUUUCGCCACCAACUUCGUCCCCGGAAAGUGA